AUACCGGAACUGUCCUGUAUCUCACCUUGUGUGCCUUCACACAAGAAGAAAAGCACAGAUGGGAUUUAACACUCAGAAAGCCACUGAGUGCGUUUGAUUUCGGAUUACAGUGACAUACACAGUACGAGGUUUAUUUUAAAAAAGGGGGAGAUUUGUUUAGGAGUGUGCUCCCUCUCACUCCUGUUCACUGCCCUCCGGAUUCCUGCAGGACUCCAGAGUGGCGAAGAGCCCAUGCUAAAUUAAAUGAAAUGUGUCUACUUUUACUACCAGAUGUGCGGUCCGUUUAUGCAAAAGUUGCCGAUUUCUCAUCCACAAUUACGUCACUUCCGCCUAAAACCCAGGAGGUAUACGAUCGAGCACCCGUGCCUUAACGCCCCGUGCUGUCAGACAGGAGCUGGCCAGGAGAAGAUGGUGUUACCGGGGCUGCUGCUGCUGGAGCUGACUCUCUACGCCAGCUGCUUCAUCUGUGGGAUUGUCACCGCCGCCUCCACCACCAUAGUCCAGGGUAAUUUUGGAGGUCAUUGCAUGCUGUAUGGACUUGUGAACUACAACACCACAGCGAGCCUGAUCGGGGUGCAGUCCUCCAGCACCCCCUCUCUGUGCUACUUCGUGUCGGCCAUAUCAGUCCUUGUGGCGGUGACG